AUGGAGAUGCGUCAUUUGUUCAUCUUUGCCAUCCUAACAUACUCAUGUGCUUCGAUAACUCAUGCGUGUUUCCCAGACCGUAAAUGGCAUGUUCACGUUACGAGUGAGAUAUCGGAAACCAUUGACGCUCAUAUCAAAUCUGGAGACGAUGAUCUUGGAAAGCAUACCAUUUCAUUUAACGGAGAAUAUGAAUGGUCAUUUUGUAAGAGGUUUGAUGGCAAGACUCUUUUCUAUGGCUACUUUUGGUGGGGUUCGAGAUAUCAAGAAUUGGCUUUGUUUGAUACGAAGAUUGUAGACAUAUGUGCAGUACCCGCAUUUACUAAUUUUGUUUGUUAUUGGUCUGUACGACCAACUGGAUUCUAUGUAAGUGCAAGUAAUACAUCGUUCGGUGAUGCUAGUUGGGGCAAUCGAAGCGGUGUGAUCAGUGGAGUGGUGGAAAUUAAGCAUCUGCAAUUGAUCGAUCGAAGCAUGUCAUCUCGAGCCUCCUUAGGGCCAUUGAUUAUUUUUUUUGGUUGUUAUCUUCCGUGCCCAUGAGAUUCAUCAAUAUGCACACAAGCUAGUCCAAACACCGGUGGUUACAUUCAAAUGCUCAAAUGGAACAUCGUGAUCUCUUUGAUAACAUGUGUUGCUGCUGUAAGACGUGAAAUUAUCACCAAACAGAAUGGCGUUGUUGCGACUGAUGAUGGAGUCUGUUCGAGAAUCGGAAGGGAUGUUCUCCUUGAAGGAGGUAACGCCAUCGAUGCUUCAAUUGCUGCUAGCUUUUGCCUUGGUGUCGUUAGCCCGGCUUCAAGUGGGAUAGGAGGUGGUGCUUUUAUGCUCGUUCGAUUAGCCAAUGGCACCACUCGAGCCUUCGAUAUGAGAGAGACCGCUCCACUCCUAGCUUCUCGGGACAUGUAUGGUGGAAAUGUUACUCUCCAAGAAAAGGGUGCUCUUUCGAUAGCGGUACCAGGGUUGAUUGCUGGGAUUUACAAAGCUUGGGAACAAUACGGAAAGCUACCGUGGAAGAGACUUGUUCGGCCUGCUGAACGUCUUGCUCGUAAAGGUUUCAAAGUAUCUCCGUAUCUCCGCAAGCAAAUGGUGGUGACAGAAGCAGAUGUGAUGGCGGACGAUGGACUUGCUGCCAUUUUCACCUCCGAAGGGAGGCUAUUGAAAACCGGAGAAACAUGCUACAACGAAAAACUAUCACAAACUCUUCGACAUAUCUCAAAGUACGGAAUUAAACCGUUCUAUAACGGUUCGAUUGGAUUUCAUCUGGUUAAAGAUGUUAGAAAGGCUGGAGGGUUACUGAAAAUGGAAGAUCUUCAGAAGUAUGAAGUUAAAGUCAGAGAACCAAUCUCUAUUCAGGUCCUAGGCCUUGAAGUACUAGGUAUGCCGCCGCCUUCUUCCGGUGGUGCGACAAUCGCACUUAUCCUCAACAUAAUCGCUCAAUACCGAGCUCAAAACAACAUAUCUGGACCGCUUAUGAUUCAUCGACAGAUUGAAGCUAUUAAGCACGCGUAUGCUAUGCGGAUGAAUCUCGGAGACCCGGAUUUUGUGAACGCAGAAAAGUAUCUACACCUUAUGACAUCUCCCGAGUUUGCAAAACGUUUGCAGAAGACUAUAUACGACAACAUGACCUUCGAUUCAACUCAUUAUGGUGGCAGGUGGAAUCAGAUCGAGGAAGAUGGUACGAGUCAUAUGUCAAUUGUAGAUAAGGAGCGCAACGUGGUCUCGAUGACUUGUACCAUAAACUCUUAUUUUGGUGCAAAAAUCUUGUCACCUAGUACUGGGAUAAUCCUCAACAAUCAAAUGGCUGAUUUCUCAAUCCCUACAAAUCUUUCCAAAAACGUUCCCCCACCUGCACCAUCCAAUUUUAUCUUCCCGGGCAAAAGGCCGUUGUCAUCUAUUUCGACCACCAUUGUCCUCAAGGACGGAAAGGUGAAAGCAGUUUUAGGAGGUAGUGGUGGGAUAAAGAUACCACCUGGGACUGUAGAGGUAUUUCUGAACUACUUUGUAAGGGGAAUGGAUCCAUUUUCUGCUGUCAUGGCUCCAAGAACAUACCAUCAGCUGUUCCCGAACGUGGUACAGUACGAAAAAUGGACGACGGUGAGCAAUGAUCACUUCGAAAUAGACGAAGAGACGAAAGCGGCUCUACGAGGAAAAGGACAUGUCCUAGAGAGUUUUUAUGGGGGGACUAUGGUUCAGUUAGUUGUUCAAGAAGAAGCAAAGGAUGGAAAGAUGGGGAUGCUUAUAGCAGUAAGCGACCCAAGAAAGGGAGGCUUCCCUGCUGGUUACUAG